UAUGAACACGGAUACUCAAUGUCAAUGGCAGCACAGUCGUGAUAUUUAAAAGUUUUGUCCGUUAUAAUUUUUCUGUGCAAUAUAUUAUUUUCAUCCUAAAAAAGUUUACAUAAAAUGUCCGAGUUUAGUACACCAGUGAGAACAAGGGUGAAAAGAGCAAGAUCACCCGUCUCAAUACCGCCUUCGCCCUUUUUAAAAAAAUUGGGUUAUGGAACUGGUGUCGGAGUUUACAAGCUUGAGCGAUCCCCUCAGGCAAAUAAAGUUCGUUCGCCGUGGGCUAUCAAGAAAUUACUUAAGCAGAGCGCAAAUAAUGCCGAACUAAAGAAACGUUUGUACGACGAAGCCGAAGUCUUGGGAAAGUUGAAUCACCCGAAUAUUGUGGGAUUUCGUGGAUUUAUUAAGAGUCACAAAAAUGAAAGUUGCCUGGCGAUGGAGAAAUGCAACGUAUCUUUAGGAGAUAUGAUAGAAGAGAGACGCGAACACGGUUUGUCUGCAUUUCCGGCUAUGAACCUCAUGAGAGUGGCUAAAGACAUCGCCGAGGCUUUGCACUAUUUACAUACAGAAGUUUUGUUAUUGCACUGUGAUGUUAAGUCGUUUAAUGUAUUAAUUAACGGCAAUUUCGAUGUAUGUAAAUUAUGCGAUUUUGGUGUAACUUUACCUCUCACACCCAGCGGUGAAGUUGAUUAUUUGAGAACAGGAGAAGAUGUUGAUUAUUUGGGAACACGCUUAUGGUCACCUCCUGAAGUCUUUAAAUAUCCUUGUAUUAUUACAACUAAAGCCGAUUUGUAUUCGUAUGGACUUACACUUUGGGAAAUGUUGGCCUUGCAACCUCCUUGCCUGGACAUUUUAGAUGAAAGUGAUACCUCUUUGGAAGAAAUUGACGAAGAAUCUCUAGUUGGAAAAAGACCUGAUUUACCUGAUAUUGACUUUGACGCGUCGUAUAAGUAUGCAUUAGAAAUUUUUCAUUGUUGUACAGAAUUUGACUAUCAUGAGCGUCCAUCAGCAUUAGAUUUGACAAUUAGCAUUCCAGAAAUGAUCAAAGAGAUGGACUCUAUCGUUAACUAGUUAUUUUAUUGCACAACGUUUUCGUAAUUCAUGUUAUUUUUUACCUAUAUAUACUGUAUUGCUAACUAUAAAAUUUUCAAUAUAUAUAAGCUUUAGAAUUUUAGCCUAUUCAUUCUUAUGAGAUGCCAAGGGCACAAAUUUUAUAUGAGAGGACUAAAAUUUCAGGACUAAUUGAACACUGACUAAUUCUUUACUGCCGGGCUACUCAAAAAAUAUGGUUCACAUUAAAAUUUAUGUCAUGGCGCAAGCAUAAGAAAUUAAAUUUUAUAUUAAAAAAGUCGCUCAUGUAGUUGAUCUUUCCAC